CCCAAGGUCAUUGCUGCGUUCACACCCCAUGGUCUCUAUUCUCUCUGUUUGACCUUUUGUUAAGUAUUACUGGUCCUGAUACUACCGGGAUUAGUAAAAAGCAGAUCCAUGAGGUAAAAUUUUUCUGUGAGAUGACAUAAUUUCUACAACUGCAAAAAGUAACCAUAAGGAGACUUUGGUUACAACUGCUGCAUUUCUCAGGGUCGGUUUUAGGUUCAGCGCGCGUCUCUAAUUUGGUGGGACAGUUAACGGAAACUCAUGGCCUAUCCGUCAGAUAAUCAACUGUUGGCUAGAAUAGAAGAAAUUCUAAAUGGGGCGGAUCUGUCCCAGGUUACAUCAAAAAAGGUCAGGUUGGAACUAGAAGCUCAUUUCAAUAUUGAUUUAUCCUCUGAAAAACCCAAGUUAGAGACUAUGAUUCUAUCGACACUUGAGAAACUGCAGUCUUCCAAAACUCAAAGUAAGAAUGGUGGUAGACAGAGUACUACUCCUGAAAGAGAUGAAUCUACGGAUUCUGAUACAAGUUCCGGAAGCGAAAUUGUAGAACCUGUAAGAAAGAAGAAGAAGAAAAGAGCAUCAGAUGAUGAGGAUUAUGCCCGGAGUUUGCACGCGGAAGCUAAUGGUAUGAGAAGAAGGAAAAGCACUUCGAACGUCAAACAAAGGUCCCAAAAAGAAAGCGGUCGCAAGUCGACAGGUUUCACGCGUCCUUUACGGCUAUCUGAUGAGUUGGCUGCGUAUAUUGGUGAGAAGGAGCUUUCUCGUUCAGAUCUAGUGAAGAGAUUUUGGGCAAUUGCAAAGGAGCAGAACUUAUUUGUAAGAUUCAUAUUUUCGUUAAUAACUUGAGUAGGAUCCGAAAAAUAAACAGUUUGUUGUUUGUAAUGAAGAUUGGCAGAGACUAUUCAACCAGAAACGUUUCCGCAUGUUUGGAAUUACGAAGCAUUUGAAUAAGCAUAUAGUUGAGUAGUCUAAAAAUUCCAUUAUUAGAGAAAUUUGUCAUUUUCCUUCACCAUGUAAAUGUGUUCAUAUUCCGCUUUUUACCCACUCCACUUCAAAUAAAUUUGUUCUUUAAUAUUCUAGAUGAAUUACCACAUUGCUUUGGUGGAUUUCCGUUUCUUUCUGACUAAUUUUUACUUUAACGUAUUCUAACAUUUCCUUAGUUGAAACAAGUUAUCAUGUUGUACUAUCAUGCGACCAGUAGGUAGUGAGACGUAGAAAGAGUCAAAAGAUGUGAAAUGGUGAGGUUUUGACCAGUAUGCGUUCCUCUUUUAAUUGUGUUAAGGGACCAACAAGGUAAUAGUUGUGGCGUAGUGUUAGGUGAGAAAGGAAGGCCAAUCUCAGACCUUUAUUUACGGAGUUUUCUUGAACUCGUGCUCUGAUUUUAACGUAUUUAAGCUAGAGUAGACUUGUCUACUAGCUGGAUAUUAAUUAUUUGAAAUAUAGUUACAAU